AUGGAGGCACAACCACAACCACAGUUUCAAAUAGAGAAGAUGCGGAAACAUAAAAGACGCAACAACUACAUUCAAACGGAGAAGACGCGGCAACCGCAUUCAAGCAGAGAAGACGCGGCAACCGCAUUCAAGCAGAGAAGACGCGGCAACCGCAUUCAAGCAGAGAAGACGCGGCAACCGCAUUCAAGCGCCGCAUUCAAGCGGAGAAGACGCGGCAACCGCAUUCAAGCGGAGAAGACGCGGCAACCGCAUUCAAGCGUCGCGGAGAAGACGCGGCAACCGCAUUCAAGCGUCGCGGAGAAGACGCAGCAACCGCAUUCAAGCGUCGCGGAGAAGACGCAGCAACCGCAUUCAAGCGUCGCGGAGAAGACGCGGCAACCGCAUUCAAGCGUCGCGGAGAAGACGCGGCAACCGCAUUCAAGCGUCGCAGAGAAGACGCGGCAACCGCAUUCAAGCGUCGCAGACGCGGCAACCGCUUUCAAGCGGAGAAGACGCGGCAACCGCUUCAAACGGAGAAGACGCGGCAACCGCUUCAAACGGAGAAGACGCGGCAACCGCUUCAAACGGAGAAGACGCGACAACCGCUUCAAACGGAGAAGACGCGACAACCGCUUCAAACGGAGAAGACGCGACAACCGCUUCAAACGGAGAAGACGCGACAACCGCUUCAAACGGAGAAGACGCGACAACCGCUUCAAACGGAGAAGACGCGACAACCGCUUCAAACGGAGAAGACGCGACAACCGCUUCAAACGGAGAAGCUUCUCUAAUAGCAAUCUAAUGACAUGA